CAAUGAGAAAACGCCCUGUUGGCCCUACAGGCAUCCCGUCAUGCUCAAGGACUCAGCGCUACGUCAGCAGUGAUACCGAAACAUGGCGGUGUCCAUAGCGAAGCGCCCGGCUGCAAACGCUUGUAUAGUGCUAUUAACUUUUUCAGUAACGUUAUUAUUUGGCCGCUGUGACGCCGACGCUGCCACGGGCGCCUCGGCGUCAGAAGAAGCGCCUCACCGCCGGUUCGAGUACAAAUACAGCUUCAAAGGACCGCACCUGUCUCAGCCCGACGGCAGCAUUCCCUUCUGGGUGCACACUGGAAAUGCCAUUCCUAGUGCGGACCAGGUGCGCAUUACACCAUCCCUCAGGAGUCAGAGGGGCUCGGUGUGGACCAAAAACACAGUCGGUUUUGAACACUGGGAGGCUGAGGUGACGUUCAGAGUGUCUGGAAGAGGAAGAAUGGGAGCGGAUGGUCUGGCUGUGUGGUUCACGGCUUCACAAGGUCUCGAUGGUCCAGUCUACGGUGCUGCUGACAAGUGGAAUGGAGUUGGAGUUUUCUUCGAUUCUUUUGACAACGAUGGGAAGAAAAAUAACCCAGCUAUAAUUGUUGUGGGAAACAAUGGCAACCUUGUUUAUGACCACCAAAACGAUGGCACAACGCAAGCCCUUGGAACAUGUUUGAGAGACUUCCGCAACAAACCAUACCCUGUCAGAGCCAAAAUAACCUACUACAAGAAGACUUUGACGGUCAUGAUCAAUAACGGGUUCACUCCAGACAAAGACGAUUAUGAGUUCUGCACAAAAGUAGACAACAUGAUCAUUCCCAAAGAGGGCUUCUUUGGCAUUUCAGCUGCUACUGGUGGUUUAGCAGAUGACCAUGAUGUUUUGUCAUUCUUGCUAUUCAGACUAACAGAGCCAGGCCAGCAACCGCCCCCACCUGAAGCCGAGAUUCCCAGAGAAGAGAAGGACAAGUACCAGGAGGAAUUUGAGAACUUCCAGCAAGAGCUCGACAAAAAGAAAGAGGAGUUCCAGAAAGAGCACCCAGACGUCCAAGGAGAACCAAUUGAGGACCUGUUUGAGAGCGUGAAUGACCGGGAGAUCCGCCAGGUGUUUGAGGGCCAGAAUCGAAUCCAUCUGGAGAUCAAACAGCUCCACCGGCAGCUCGCCAUGAUUCUGGACGAACAACGCCGAUAUGUCUCUGUUAUCACAGACGAGGUUGCUAAGAAAGGGACCCAUGCUGAGUCAGGACAGGAUACUGGCAGCUCACAGUUGAGCGCAGUCAUCGCCCACCAGCAGGAGGUCCUCAGAAACCUGAAUGACUUGAAGAACUCCUUCCACGAUUCCCUGAAACAGAUCGGCUCAGCCCAGCACCAGGGCAGCGCAGUGGGUAUGGGGACGUAUGAGACAGUCCAGCAUUUCAACGACAUCAAGGAGCACCUGCACCUGGUCAAAAGGGACGUGGAGCACCUGGUCCAGCGUUCGGCCCAGAACCCUGCUGAGAAAGUGAUGAAGUGCCCUGAGCUGCCGCCGAUGCCUUCCUGUUUGUCUACGGUCCAUUUCGCAGUCUUCGUGGUCGUCCAGUCAGUCCUGUUCUUCUGCUACAUCAUGUACAAAAGUCAACAAGAAGCAGCAGCAAAGAAGUUCUUUUGAUGAAACGCUUUUAGAAAAAUUAAAGUGUGUAAAUGAGGGAAUGUCCAUUUUGGUAAUUGUUUUUGUUCGUUUUGUUUGAUUAUUUUGUUUUCAAAUUGUAAAUUAUUGUACUUGAAGAAUUAGAUUUGUGUAAGACGAUUUUUAAUUAAUUUCAGAGUUUUUAAAUUUGAUCUGUUAUACAGGGUGUGUGUGAGUGCUCGUCCAAAGUGUGAGGCAUAUUGUUCUCAAUUUUCCGACAUGAUGUAAAAUGUUCCAUACAGUAUUUUUUUUUUUUUUUUUUUUUUUUUUUUGUCAGACUUUUUUGAUUUUGUGUUUUCAACAGGUGAAUUAUAGCACAGUCCCAUUCCAUAAGACACACCACUAGAGUUUGAAAGAAAAAAAAAAAAAAAACAGCAAACAGCAACAACUGUGGUUUGAAAUGUGCAAUUUUGUACCGAUGCUGAGGUGUGACGACGACGACUCAGAGA